CUGUGUGCUGCCGGAAGCUACGGCGAAGCCAACUCAUCCAGCUGCCAGCCCUGCCCUCCGGGUGCCAUCAGCGCGGCUAGGGCCAUAUCCUGCACGCCCUGCCCACCUGGAACUUUCAACCAGCAUGAUGGCAACACGCAGUGCACCAACUGCACGGGUGGCACCUACACCAACACCAGCGGCAACGCGGCCUGCCUGUCGUGUGGUGUGGGCAAGUACAGCGACCCGACCGCCACUGAGUGCAUCGACUGCCCCGUGGGCACCUAUCAGCCGUAUGGUGAUUACUCGGUCGUUUGCUACCCCUGUAUCGCUGGCACGUACACCAACACCACCGGCAACGCGGCCUGCCUGUCGUGUGGUGUGGGCAAGUACAGCGACCCGACUGCCACUGAGUGCAUCGACUGCCCCGUGGGCACCUAUCAGCCGUACGGCGAUUAUUCGGUCGUUUGCUAC